AUGUUCAUAGACUUUUACGUCGCCAUGGAAGCACUCGGGCUCGUUGCCAAUAUUGCGGCGGUCAUUCAAUUAGCUGCCCAGGUCACCCAACUAAGCUACAGCUACGUGCAAGAGGUGAAAAAUGCGCCCAAGAUACAGAAAAGGUACCUCCAGGAGGUUUCUGCUUUGAUGGAUAUUCUUUGGCGUAUGGAACGGACUGUCGUGGACACGGAAUCUACGGGGCUACUCCCGCCACGUCCAGCUUCAUUGGACGAUGAUGCGUUGAUGGAGUGUUACAAGGAACUGUCGCAUCUCCAUUUCGAGCUUCAGAAGCGGAAAUCUCGACUCCUGAGACCAUUCCAGGAUAAGGAAUUAAGACCACAUAUUGAGAUGCUUCAUAAGUUCAGAGAGAACUUCUCCGAGUAUCUUUCUGCUUGUGUCCUGGUUACUACAAAUGCGACGUACCAAAAGGUUUCGUCUAUCAGCAUAGGCAAAUCAAUCCCCAAACAUGAGAUGGCUCGGACGGGUAAAUGGUUUUUGAACAACCACAUUGUGAAAUAUUGGAUUGAAAGGCCAUCACGAAUGCUGUGGUGCCACGGCUCACCUGGAGUUGGAAAAAGCUUUCUCGCUUCAGUUCUCAUUGAUUACCUUGCAAAGCAAAGCCUUGGCGACGCUCUUGUGGUAUACUUCUUCUGCGACUUCCCUUCGCAGACUGAACAUACCACUAUGAAUAUCCUUCGAUGUGUAACUCGGCAGCUGAUUCAAAAAGGGGGCGAAAACGUGCUGAGCGCUCUAAAAAAGUUCCUGGAGGAAUCUAAUCCCCCACAAAAUGCAGCCGAUAUCGCCAAGAUGAUUGCAAAGGCUGGCUCAGUGCAGCCAAUAUACUUUGUGCUCGAUGCUGUUGAUGAGAUGAAAAUUCCUAAUGAGCUCUUGGACCGUUGCUUGGAUCUUACUACAUCUGGGAUCCAUGUACUUAUAACAAGUCGAAACCUUCCGCACAUCCAGAAGAAGAUGAUCACGGCAAGUCAGCUGGAAAUCACAGGGAGCGUGAAUGACCUGAAAACUUAUAUUGAGAAGAGACUGCAAGAAAGUGAUUUCGACGAUGAGCUUGCAGAAGAUGACGAAAUAGUUCGUAAUAUCUUAUCCAAGAGCGGGAAUCUGUUUCUUCUUGCUCGGCUUACCCUUGAUGAGCUACUAGAUCUUACCACGGUCGGUCAGAUGAAGAAGAUAUUGAAAAAGGAGGCCCUUGGGCUGCAAAAAACGUUCGAAUCAACCAUUCAACGCAUCGAUGACCAGUCAAAGGCGAGAAGCUCAAUGGCACGACGAUUGAUUUCCUGGAUUCUCUACGCCAAAAGAAGACUCAAACUCGAAGAGAUCCUAACUGCGUUUGCGAUAGAUGAGGAUGGGCUAGACUAUGAGAAUAUGACUAGUCCUGAUAGUCUUCUUCGUGUUUGCGUUGGAAUGGUUGUUCUCAAUCAAGCCGACAGUACUGUUGGUCUGGUCCAUACAUCAGCUUACGAGUAUCUUCACUCUUUUAUAUCGCACGAGAUUUCGCAUUUCGAUAUUGCACAAACGUCUUUGAGGUAUCUCGGGCUAAAGGGUCCAGUACUGGAGUCGUGUAAUAGCUCGGUAGAGCUUAUGGCGCGCUUCGAUGAGUUGAAAUUUCUGAGCUAUUCAGCAAAACACUGGGGUCAUCAUAUCUGCAAUGAAGCUUCCGAGCAAAGGUUGCAACCCCUGAUCAUGGCGUUACUGAAUGAUGAAAAACUCCUGAACGCUGCAUUUCAAGCACUUCAGUUCCGACCGGAAUUUGAAGGUGCCCUUGCGGAUGAGAUAUUUGAUUCCGUUCCCCAAGGUCAGCAUGCUCUGCAUAUCACGGCCUACUGGAAUCUAAGUGAGACCGCCAAGAUAAUUCUGAAAUCGGGGGCAGAUGUGUCUAUAACCGAUUCUCACAAAUGGACUCCUCUGCACUGGGCAUGCUCAAAAGGCCAUCUUGCCGUUUCCCAUAUCCUCGUUCAGGAAAGAGCAAACUCCAAUCUUCAAGAUGCACAGGGAUGGACCCCGCUGUUCUGGGCCGCUUUCAUCGGAAAUGUUGCGCUUGUUCGUCUACUUAUUUCCAAUGGAGCAGACUACCAAUUUCGAAGCAGCCUCGGAUGGACGGCCCUCCAUUGGGCCAUCUCUGGGGGUCAUUUUCCUGUAGUUCAGGAGCUUCUCGACCACCAUUCGCGCUCAAUGAAGGCACUUCCACCACUUUACACGAUGAAGAUGGCACAGAUCAAGUCCUAUUCUCAGGGCACCGUGUCUCCUAUAGAGUUCGCAGCAGAUACAGAGGAUGCCGACCUAUUCAACCUUUUGGUGCAAUAUCUGGAAACCUGCAAAGGGAAGCUGGGUGAUGCCAGGUUCAACUGCAUUUGGAAAACCGCCAAGUUCGACUUUCCAAUUUCCAAAAACCCCUGGAGAACUCUCACUAAGGGCGAAUGUAUAAAUGGAAUUGAAUCGAUUGUUCCAAACAUUAAUUCUGACGGCUAUGGGGAAGCUGAAUUUGAGGAAGACGCGCGAUCAAGCCCCUCUCGUUGGAACUCGGUUCUACUGGUGUCUGCAAUUCGUGAUGAUCAACUUUCAUCUGCUCAGAUGCUUGCUCAAUCUGGGGUCGAUUUUAAAACAUAUCUCGCGCUACAUUUGGCAGCACGUCGCAAGGAUCCUCGUUAUGUGCAAUGCUUACUCCAAAACGGUGCGGACGCAACGCUCAUGGACGGACAAGGAAGGACAGCAUUACACAUAGCAAUUCUCAAUGGGUUUGUGGAGUCAAUGACUACUUUGGUUCGGGGUGGAUCUAAUGUGAAUCAACAUAUGCCAAGCCAGGCUGGUUUUGCAAGUGACACAAGAGGACGAAUUUUGAUAGGUGCUCCUCCUCUCAUUCUUGCUGGCGGCAGCAUGCAGAUGGUACGAAUAUUACUGUCAAAUGGGGCAGACCCAAGGCUGCGCGACGAUUCUGGAAAGACAGCUUUAAGUCGUGCGUUUUCGCGUCGUGAUAUUCAGCUCAUCAAAAUAUUGCUUGAGUUCGGUGCUCCUGUUGAAACCGCUGAUUCCUAUGUCCAAGCACCUUUGCACUCCUUGACGAGAUGCAAAGACACCAAGAUCAAGAUAAAAGACUUGAAAGAAUUGGUUCUUUCUCUUAUUGCCGCUGGAAAGAUGCUCUCUCCUCCAAGAGACUUUUUGAAUGAGAAAAUGCGCAGCUCAUCUCUGGCAGACAGCUCAGAGACAAUGAUUUAUAGUCUUACGCCUUUACAUAUGUCACUGAUGAAGGGGCGAUGGAAGCUUCUUCACGUACUUUUAGAGCUAGGUGGCACUUUCCCUUCCAACUUCGAUCUGACACCUUCGAUCAAAAAAGCCACUGAAGAUCUUGAGCCCGAUACAAUAGCUUUGCUUUGCAGUGAAGGGGGCUGUUCACCUCCGAACUCGGUGCUUUCACUUGUCGAAUCAUUUAUUCGCCAGCGAGAAUCUUCAAAAAGUGAUUUAUCCACUCUUUGCGAUAGGUUUAAGAGAAGUCUUGUGAUUUUAUGCUCUACCGGAGCCGACAUCAACUUCCAUGGGACAAUCGAAAAAGGAAGUAAGUUUAGAGAAGAGAGCCAAACGACAGCCUUGACUCUUGCAGCGACUAUUUCUGGAUCUCGUGAAAUAUCUUCAAAUCUUCUCAGUCACGGUUCCAACCUGUACUACAAGUCGCGGAAGACGUUUGAUCCAAUCUUAACUGCGGCACUAUUCGGAGAACAAGAGGAUCUAUCAAGUCUCUUGAAUCACGCUACAAUUCACCCUAAUUCUUCUCACUGGAGCAGGUUUCUGAAAGAAGCGCCAGAACAGAAAGAUUCCAUCGAGCUUCUAUGUUUUUGCUUGAGAAACGCGGGACUCCUGAAUCAAACCAACACCGAGGGCCAAACCCUGUUAGAUCUUGCUGUUCAGGAGGGCAAUGUCACGCUUAUGACAGCUCUUAUGGUUGAAGGAGCACAAGGGUGUAUUCCUGGCAAUGGUUGCAAGUUUGCGACUGAGAGAGUACAGACUGAUGCGAUUCUCGGCAAUAUCCCAUCUCGGGUUCCUCUGGAAGAUGCCACUUCUCUACAAAUUGCUGUGAAAGACCAUGAUGUCGCUACCGUUUCAAAGCUACUUGAAGGAGGAAUUGAUCCCAAUCAUUCCAUCGGAGGAUGGAGAAACAAUUUCCCAAUCCUAUAUCAUGCGGCCAAAGAUGGUCAAUUUGAGAUUCUCUGUCUUUUGCUCAGUCAUGAUGCCGACACAGAAGCAGCAGAUGACUAUGGCUGGCGCCCGUUGCAUGCUGCAUGCUUCGGAGGACAUACACGGAUUGUGAGAGCCUUGAUAUCCCAUGGUGCAGAUGUCCACGCGUCUACAACGAAAUGGAACAAUGAUCAAGAAAAGCCGUCUGGGCUUUACCGGGACAAAGCUUGGACUGGGACUCCACUUCAUACAGCCACGAUGCGCGGCAAUUUAGAGAUUGUCAAGCUCCUGCUUGAGCACAAUGUUGAUGUUCAUGCCAGUACAGGUGUAACGGCCAAUCAUCUUGCCUAUCCUGCUAGUGGACCGACUGCAUUACAUAUUGCGUUAAGCGUCAACCAAAUUCCUCUGUUCCAGGCUGGAACAGAUGGUCGUCAAGGCCUUUACUCGUGCAAAUUACCGACCCCAGAAAGGCUCCAGAUUGCGCAGUGGCUAGUCGAUGCUGGUGCUAUGGUACAGGGAGUGGUUCAGCGAUAUUCCUUGGAAGAAAUUCUCUGCUUCGCCAAGUUUCCCAGACUCUGGGAUACUUUGGUAGCUAGUGAUGCAUGA